AUGUUUCGGGCCCAGCAGCAGAACGCUUUCGACGAUGCCGUCGCCAAAGCUACCGACGAGAAUCUAACUUCGGAAAACUGGGAAUACAUACUCGAUGUCUGCGAUAAGGUACAAUCGAGUGAUAGCGGAAGCAAAGAUGUUGUGGCUGCGAUGAUCAAGAGGCUGGCGCACCGCAAUGCGAACGUUCAGCUGUAUACCCUUGAGCUGGCCAACUCACUCUCCCAGAACUGUGGUAUUGCCAUGCACCGGGAACUUGCUUCAAGAAGUUUCACCGAUGCUCUGUUAAGGCUGGCGAACGAUAGGAACACACAUCAACAGGUCAAAUCAAAGAUUCUGGAAAGAAUGGAGGCUUGGACCAAGGAUUUUUCAAGCAACACCGAAUUGGGGAUCAUGGAACAGGCGUAUUUGAGAUUGAAAGCACAGAACCCUAAUUUACAACCCCCUCAAGCGCCGGUCAAAAGGCAGAUCACAGAAUACGAUCGGCAAAGGGAAGAGGAAGAACUACAAAUGGCCCUCAGGCUUUCGAUUCAAGAUAAAUCUGCGGGCCCUUCGAGUCAGCCAACCGGCGCCGCUGAACUGUCAGCCCAACCAGCAUCCUCAGCACAACACACCACACCCCAAUCGGUUCCGUCGGGCACAACAGCUGCCACAGUUUCAAGAGUACGAGCGCUGUUUGACUUUCAACCUUCGGAACCCGGUGAAUUACAAUUCCGCAAAGGAGAUGUUAUAGCGGUCCUCGAGUCAGUAUACAAGGACUGGUGGAAGGGCUCUCUUCGUGGGCAGACGGGAAUUUUCCCCUUAAACUAUGUUGAGAAACUACAAGAUCCAACACCAGAAGAGUUGCAGAAAGAGGCGCAAAUGGAGGCCGAAGUGUUUGGACAAAUCAAGAACGUGGAGAAGCUGUUGGCUUUGUUGAGCACGAGUACAGCCGACAUGAACGUCAGAGAUAAUGAGGAGAUCACUGAGCUCUAUCACAGUACGUUAUCAAUCAGGCCGAAGCUCAUUGAAUUGAUUGGGAAGUACACCCAAAAGAAAGAUGACUUCCAGCAACUCAACGAGAAAUUCAUCAAAGCACGUCGCGACUACGAAGCGUUAUUAGAGUCUUCGAUGGCCCAGUCAGCACAGCAAUAUGCUCGACCAGGCUCUCAACCAUAUGGAUAUGGAGGAGGGGGACCGCCACAAGGCUACCCACCCCAAAGAUUCUACGCCCCUGAUGGGCAGCCUCCAAAUAACGCCAUGCCAUAUCCCAAUCAAUCGCAACAAUCAUUCCAACCUCCGUAUCCUGUCGGGUCGCCUCCGCCUCAGAGCCACACUCCAUCCAAUCAACAUGCCUCUCAACCACCUCCAGAGAACUAUCCUUCAUACCUGAACCAAACUCAGCUGCCGGCUCGUCGACAAUCGCAGGCUGAAACGUACGCCGCAUAUCCUCCUCCAGAAGUAAACGCAUCUUACAACCCCCCUCCCCCAUCCGAGGCGCAUGGUUCUCGGCCUGGGCCCCAACCAUAUCCCAACUUGCAACAACCCAACAUCACACAGCUUCAAUAUCAAGACGACAGUAAAGACUACUCUCCGUCAAACUAUUCGGCCGAGGACCUUCACAAUCCCAACAUUCCCAUACCAUCUCAACAACCACCACAACAGCCUCCCCAACAGCCGCCUCCGCAAAGCUAUGCUCCGCCUAUGCCGCAAGGACAACAACAGCAACACAAUAUUCCUCCACAGUACCCGCCGCCUUCUGCUCCAGCACAGUCAUACGACUACCAAGCUCCUUCACAACCUCCUGCCCCAAGUCAUGGUCCCCCUCCUAUUCCUGGGGUCGGUCCGGCCGCCGUAGAACGACCCCUUACACCUUUGCCGCAAUCCUCAGCCUACCCGGUCUUUUCACCGACACAGGGCAAACCGAACCCGCAUCAGCAGUACCAGGCAUACAGUCAGCGACCGGCGAGUGUAGCGGCGCAAGCUCCCGGCGUUGCUCCCGGCAUUGGCGGUGGGAGGACGAGUUAUUACAGGUAA